AUGAGUAACGAGGGAGAAAAAGUCAGAACCUCUGGUGAGGUUUCUCGUCCGGAGCCUACUCUGCCGACUGUCAAUCCCGCCGUUGAGAAGUCGGAGCCUUCCAGGCCAACCUUCCACCCUGCUGUCUACGUCGGUGUCUGGAUUACCCUCAGUUCCAGUGUUAUCCUGUUCAACAAGUACAUCCUCGAUUAUGCUCAGUUCCGUAAGUCUAUCAUUCUCACAACAUGGCACCUGGCAUUCGCGACCUUCAUGACCCAGGUUCUCGCCCGCACAACCACACUGCUCGAUGGCCGCAAGACUGUAAAGAUGACUGGACGUGUCUACCUGCGCGCCAUCGUUCCCAUCGGUCUUUUCUUUAGUCUGAGCUUGAUUUGUGGUAAUGUGACAUAUCUGUAUCUGAGUGUUGCAUUCAUCCAGAUGCUGAAGGCUACUACCCCCGUCGCGGUCUUGAUCGCCACUUGGGCUAUGGGAAUGGCCCCAGUGAACCUGAAGGUCCUCAUGAACGUCUCUAUCAUCGUCGUCGGUGUCAUCAUCGCUUCGUUUGGUGAGAUCAAGUUUGUUUUCAUUGGUUUCAUGUUCCAGCUCGGCGGUAUUGCCUUCGAAGCUACCCGUCUGGUCAUGGUCCAGCGUCUCCUGAGCUCUGCUGAGUUCAAGAUGGACCCCCUGGUCUCUCUGUACUACUUCGCGCCCGUCUGCGCCGUGAUGAACGGUGUCACCGCUCUGUUCGUCGAGGUUCCCAACCUGACGAUGACCCACAUCUACAAUGUUGGUGUUUGGACUCUGCUUGCCAACGCCGUUGUUGCGUUCCUGCUCAAUGUUUCUGUCGUUUUCCUGAUCGGAAAGACUUCGUCUCUCGUCAUGACCCUGUGCGGUGUCCUUAAGGAUAUUCUCCUGGUUGCGGCCUCGAUGAUGAUCUGGCAGACCCCUGUUACCCCCAUCCAGUUCUUCGGUUACUCGAUUGCCCUGAUUGGUCUUGUAUACUACAAGUUGGGCGCGGAUAAGAUCAGAGAAUAUGCUGGCCAGGCCAACCGUUCCUGGGCCGAGUACGGUGCCACCCACCCCGGUCAGCGCAAAUCUAUCAUCAUCGGCGCGGUUGUCCUGAUUUUCUUCCUGCUCAUCGGCUCCAUGGCCCCUAGCUAUGCCCCCGAGUCUGUGGACAAGGUCAAGGGCAUGCUUGGUGGAGCCACUGCCGGCAACUCCUAA